GUCUCGGACGGGGUUGAAUUCUACGUGGCAGCAGCCAGUAGCGAAGUACAACAAGAUGCUGAAGCAAGUGGAGCUUGGCAUGAUUUGGUCAAUGCUGGUGCCAAGGUAUUACCAGCCGGUUGUGGUCCAUGCAUAGGACUCGGAACGGGUCUUUUGAGAGACGGUGAAGUUGGUAUAUCUGCCACCAAUCGAAACUUUAAAGGUCGUAUGGGAUCUCCUAACGCCUUAGCAUAUCUAGCAUCACCUGCCGUCGUGGCUGCAUCUGCUAUAGCAGGAAAAAUAGCGGAUCCUGCAACAUUCUCUAAAUCAUUCGAGCAUGCUUCAUAUGCCGAAUCACCAAGGAUCUCUAUCGUUUCAACACAAACAUCAAACAAGCCAGCCGUUACUGAAAUUAAACCUGUGAUCUCUGGAUUUCCUGAAUCGAUAAAGGCCGAACUGCUGUUUUGUCACGCGGAUAAUUUGAACACUGAUGCAAUUUACCCAGGAAAAUACACGUAUGUGGAUGACUUGACUCCCGAUCAAAUGGCAAAGGUAGUCAUGGAAAAUUACGAUCCCAAGUUUGUAGAUUUGGUUCAGCAGGGUGACAUAUUAGUUGGUGGUUUUAAUUUUGGUUCUGGCUCUUCUCGAGAGCAGGCUGCAACAGCCAUUAAAGCAGCUGGCAUUAACCUAUUACUGGCAGGUUCAUUCUCGGAAACUUUCAAGAGAAAUG